AUGUAUGAAGCAAAUUACUCUGAGGUUUCUGAAUUUGUGUUUCUGGGACUUUCUACCUAUAGGCCAAUGCAACACUUCCUCCUUAUAUUCUCUACCCUGUUUUAUGUAGUUAUUGUUCUGGGAAACCUCCUAGUUGUGUUUACUGUGACUUUUGAUUCUCAUUUGCAUUCACCUAUGUACUUCUUAUUAGCCAACCUUUCAUUCAUUGAUUUAUGUCUUUCUACUUUAACUGUUCCUAAAAUGAUCUCUGACUUGUACUCUGGGCUAAAUACCAUAUCAUUUCAGGGAUGUGUCAUUCAGAUUUUUGCACUUCACGUCCUGGGUGGAUCUGAGAUGGUGCUUCUCAUAGCCAUGGCCUUGGACAGAUACUUGGCCAUAUGUAAGCCUCUUCGCUACCUGACCAUCAUGAGUCCGCAGAUGUGCAUUUGGCUUCUGGUUGGUGCCUGGAUUAUUGGUCUCAUUCACUCAGUAGCACAGUUAGCUUUUGUUGCCCAUUUACAUUUCUGUGGACCUAAUGAAAUAGACAGUUUUUACUGUGAUCUACCUAGUUUCAUCAAACUUGCCUGCUUUCACACCAACAGGCUAGAGUUCAUGAUUACUGCCAACAGUGGGUUUAUUUCCACAGGAACUUUCUUUUUAUUGAUUAUCUCCUAUAUCUUUAUCCUAAUUACUGUAUGGAAACGCUCUUCAAGUGGCUUGUCCAAGGCCCUCUCUACACUGUCAGCUCACAUCACUGUAGUGAUUUUGUUUUUUGGACCAUGCAUCAUUGUCUAUAUGUUCCCAUUUCCCACAGUACCACUGGAUAAGUUUCUUGCCAUUUUGGACUUCCUGAUUACACCCAUUCUGAAUCCUGCCAUCUACACACUGAGAAACAAGGACAUGAAGAUGGCAAUGAGGAGAUUGAGUAACGAGGUCCUUAGUUUAAGGAGGAUCUCCUAA